AUGCCCCCCAUGAAUAUCGAGCUCUUCACCGUUAUCGUUGGCUUACUGAGCCUUGCAACUCUCUUUUCCCCCGUCUAUGCCUUCAUUGAGAGCUGGUCUAUGACCUCCAUGCACAAGACCAUCUACAAGGCAUUAGAAGAAGCCCGUCAGCUGUUGUCAGGUCGCGCAGGCGUGGAGUCUCUUCUAGAAGAGCUGCGACGUUUGAGAGACGAAUUGUUUAUACUGCACGCUCAAGCAAUACGGCCGCGUUCUAUAUGGUCCGGGAGGUAUAUGUCGGCGCUGUACCACAUGUACCUCCUUUACAAGAACGCAAUGUCUCUUAGAGACAGAGCCUUGAUCUUUGUUGCGGAUGCCGUCAUAGAGGAACGGACCGUGGUUCUGAAAUCAUCGGGCUCUAGCAUCACUGAGCAAUUACAGUUGUCCAGUUUGCGAACCAUAGACAUUAUGGAGCGUGGAGUCUCAUGGCAAGGCUCAAUUAAUAGCUCUUCCGUUCUUGAGCUUGAUCUGUCGGCGGAUUAUCUGAUGGGGCGGCAGAUACAAGAUCCACCGCCUUCCCUCGCACUGGAAUACACGUCGCCGUCAUCAUCGUCGCCGUCGCCUACAAGUCAGAGCGCCAGCCAUCGAUCCCCGACCCUUGAAUCGCCCCGACGCUUUCCCAAUGGUACCUUGCUACGUUCUGUCAACGCGGCUCGUCGUUCCACACUUCCUACUCAACAUGUGAGAGAAGACCCAAUUGUCCGUUCAGACGCUAUUCGUCGCUCUCCGUCUGGUACCCAGUCUAUAUAA